UUUUUUGGGGGGGGGGGUGGGGGUUAGGGUUUGGAGAGAUUGGCAUUUGGAGACGGCGCCGAUGAUUUUACCGCCAAGAUACUGCUCCUAAAUAUCCCCUGUACGAUAAUUGGUUUACAUGUUAUUCCCAAUUUAUUACUAGUUAGUAGUUUGAUUUUAACUUAAAUUUGCCAUCCUUACUAGUAUCACUAUAUUAAAGAUUUCGAGCUCAGGGUUGUGCUUUUAAUGUGUUAUUUGUUUUUUAUUUGAAAAGAAGAACUGAAUUUUUCGGGUAGGAAAAGCCAUGGUUAUCAGUUCCUUAACUAAAGCAAGUCUUUUCUACCGGUUGUCAUCAACCCAAUACUUUUCCACAGUUUCCCCCAAAAUUUCCCAAUUCAGGAACCAAAUUUCUCUUGCCAAUCUCCUUCAAAGGUACGGUUUUCCACCAACUCAACUCCACUCUUUUCUUGCAAAAAACCAGUUUUUACUUAAUCGUUCUAAUGUCCAUGACAUCCAGAACUCUCUGAACAUUCUUUUAUCUUUUAAAAUUCCUCAGCCUUCCUUUAUUUCAUUGUUAUUUGACUGUCCGGCAGUCUUGGAUUCGAACUUUUUGAAGAAAUGGCAAAUUGGGAUUUCCAAAUUUGGGAACUUGGGUAUUUCCCCAGUAGGGAUCUGCAAUGUUUUGGCACUUUCUAGGCGAUUUCGGAUCGACCCGGAUUUGUUUUUGAACCGUGUUGGUGUUUUGAAAGAUUUAGGGUUUAAUGGUGGGGUUUUGACUAGGGUUUUAGAAAGGUUUCCUCGGAUAAUCAUGAUGAAGGAAGAUGAUCUUUGUGAAAAGAUUGGGUUUCUGGAAGGAAUUGGGAUUUCAAGAUAUGGGAUUGAAAUGGUUUUUCAUUUGUUUCCUGAGGUUUUAGGAUUUGAUGUCGAAAAUAGGUUGAAGCCAUUGCUUGAUGAGUUUUUGGAACUGGGUUUUAGUGAAAAUAUGAUUAGGGAUGAAAUUAUAAAAGAUUCAAGAGUUCUGAGCAUGGAAUUAGGGGAAAUGUCAAGGUGUUUGGGAUUGUUAAAAACUUUGAAAUGCCGAGCUCCCAUUGAAGACAAGAUUUUUAGCGAAGGUGAAUUUAGAGCUGGGUUUGAAGUAAAGCUUAGAGUUGAUUGCUUGUGCAAACAGGGGUUAAUUCAUAGAGAAGCAUUUAAGAUCCUAUGGAAAGAACCAAGAUUGAUUUUAUAUGAAGUGGAAGAGAUUGAGAAGAAAAUAGACUUCUUGGUGAACACGAUGAAUUAUAAAGUUGGUUGCUUAGUUGAAGUUCCGGAAUAUUUGGGUGCUAAUUUCGACAAACAGAUCCUUCCUCGAUACAAUGUCGUGGAGUAUUUGAGAUCGCAAGGAGCACUAGAAUUUGAUGUGGGAUUGAAGAGUUUGAUAAAGCCAAGUAGGCUUAGAUUCUAUAAUUUGUAUGUCAAACCAUAUCCGGAAUGCGAGAAGAUGUUUGGGAGGUUUGCUGAAGGUGCUGCCAUUCAAGGGCGGCAUCCGGUUGGGAUGUGGAAGCUUUUUAAACCACAAAAGUAUGCAGAAUCAAAGGAAGAUGUGAACAACACGAAAUCUUUUAUGGAACCACUAGUUUAGCUCACAAAGCUACUGAUCUAUCAUUUCUUUGUAGUCCAAUCUGAAAUGUGUAAAUAAGCUUCUUCUUUUUUUGUUGUAUACAGUUCUUACAUUCAAUAUUCAAUCUCUAAAUUGGAAGAUAAUAUAUAUUUACCCAUAGUUGGGACA